AUGACAACUCGCACCCCCAAAAACGUCCGCCCACUAAACCGCUUCAUCACAACCCACGAUGAGUCCGGCAAAGCAAUCUUCUCAACCGAUCUCUCAGAAGAAAUGCCAGUGCAAUCAAUCGCCGACGGCGCAGACUUCAGUCUAGCCUACACAUCUUCUCACUUCCCCGCCCAACUAGACAACAACACCGACGUUGAAGAGUACAACGCCUACCUGACAACUCCGCCCGGAAUAACAAUUUCCACCGGCAACGUGUGUCGAAUCGUGGACAUGCCCCCUGGAGCGUUGAGUCCGAUGCACCGGACCGUCUCGUUGGACUAUGGCGUUGUGUUGGAGGGAGAGGUCGAGCUUGUGCUGGACUCUGGCGAGACGAGACUGCUUAAGCGUGGUGAUGUUGCUGUGCAGAGGGGCACUAAUCAUGCGUGGAGAAAUGUUACCCCAGAUGUUGUUGUGGAUGGGGAGAGGAUUCCUCAGUGGGGGAGGAUGUUGUAUGUUCUUUCGCCGGCGCAGCCGAUGAAGAUUGGGGGGGUUGGAUCUUGGGGAGGUUGUUGA